AUGGCCACAACGGCACUCGGGACGGUGACGGAAGAAAAUCCUCGACCCGAGGAUGCGAACACCGGACAACCCGUCGUCAAGGAUGUGGCCGUGCCAGCAGUCACAGCUUCAACAGUUAUGCAGGAAGCUGGCGACACUGAAAACGAACCGCGGAAGCGAUCUCUCUGGAUUGCCUGGCUGUACAUGUUCGACUGGUAUCCUUCGCAUUUGUCUAAAGAAGAGUCUCGCUUCCUGAGAAAAUUGGACGCAUUCCUCCUGACGUUCUGCAGCGUGGCAUUCUUCCUGAAAUGGCUAGAUUCUUCAAAUAUCAACAGCGCAUAUGUGUCUGGAAUGAAGGAGGAGCUCAAGCUCUAUGGGAACGAAUCCAAUAACUUUGGCGUCAUUCUUGGGGGAUAUCUACAGUCGGCCGCUUACACUAAUCUAAAUGGUGUGCAUGGCAUGGCGGGGUGGCGUUGGCUCUUCAUCAUCGACGGUUGCAUCAGUCUGCCCCUUUCCAUCAUGGGCUACUUCAUCUUCCCCGGUAUGCCAACUAGUGGGAAGCCGUGGUGGCUCUCUCAGGACGAAUAUGAACUUGGCCAGCGGAGAAUGCGAGACGAGGGUGUCGAAGAGCCGAAGAAGAUUUCAGUACAAAUGCUCAAGCGCCUCUUCUGCCACUGGCACUGGUACGUCGGCGUGCUCGCCUAUGUCCUGUUUCUCUCCGGAGCGUACCCUCAUGGCCAGAUGAGUCUCUGGCUCAAGUGGCAAGCCGAUAACUGGGGCACCUACACUGUACCGCAGGUCAACACUAUCCCUACCGGUGCGCAAGGCGUUUCGGUCAUUGCAGCUGUCUUGGCGACGUCUCUUUGCAUGGUCUACCCUACAUGGAUCAUAUUCCAGGUGGUUAUGGCUAUCUUCAUGUUUGCAAAUAUCUGUCAGAUGAUUUGGUUCAUCCCACACGGCUUGCACUUCACCGCAUAUUAUCUCUUCGGAGUAAGCGCUGCGGUGACUCCGAUUCUAGUUCCAACUGUGAACUACUGGAUGAAAGACUCGGCUGAGGCGCGUGCUUUCUGCACUGGCAGCAUGCUGACGUUGGGUUUCGCAGUCUCGUCAUUUUACCCCAUAGUCGUAUUUCCAGUGGUCGAAGCGCCAAGAUGGAAGAAGGGUUAUAUUGUGAAUUUCUUUUUCAUCUUAGGUUGCUGGUUCUUUCUUUCCCUUGGUUUCUUUUUGAUUCGCAAGCAAGAAAAGCGCCAGAAGGAGAGAGCACUGGUCGACGAGGAAGACUUGAAGGGUAGUGACAUCCAGCAUCUUGAUUAG